AUUUCUUUCGUCCCCAACACUCGACGAUCGCUGUCAUCGCUGCUCGCUGCUCCGCCAUCCUUUGACCUCAUCGCCCACAGGGCUCCUCUUCAGCCGCCAUGGAACCUCUUCAGAAAACCCUCAUCGACCCUCUCCAGCCCUACCUCCGUCCGGUCGUCUCGUCCCUGCCGGAACCCGUUCAUGAUGCUAUCAAAACCUUGAUUGGAAACACCUGUUACAACACACUAGUGGUGGAUCUCGAUGUCACCCAGGAUCCGGCCUGCACUUCCCUUGCUAUCUCUAAGGUUUUGGGCAUUGCCAUUGUGGGCGCAAGCGCGAUUGUGAAGGUGCCCCAGAUCUUGAAGCUGAUCGGCUCCCGCUCGUCGGCCGGCGUGUCGUUUGUGUCGUACGCUCUCGAGACUGCCAGCCUGUUGAUCACGCUGUCCUACAGCGUGCGCAACCAGUUCCCGUUCAGCACCUAUGGCGAAUCGGCCCUGAUUGCAGUUCAAGAUGUUGUGGUGGGCGUUCUGGUGUUGACCUUCGCCGGUCGUUCGGCCGGUGCGGUGGCGUUCAUUGCCGUCGUCGCGGCCAGCGUGUAUGCACUGCUUGUGGAUAAUACCCUGGUGGAUGCGCAGACCAUGUCGUAUCUGCAAGCUGGUGCUGGAGCCCUGAGUGUGGCUAGCAAGGCGCCUCAGAUCUACACGAUUUGGCGCGAAGGAGGAACUGGACAGCUGAGUGCUUUUGCGGUUUUCAACUACCUCGCCGGCUCUCUUUCUCGCAUCUUCACCACCCUCCAGGAGGUGGACGACCAGCUGAUCUUGUACGGAUUCUGCGCCGGGUUCAGCUUGAACUUGAUCCUUGCCUUCCAGAUGCUGUGGUACUGGAAGACCCCGACCAAGCCGAAGAAACAGGCCACCAAGCCCAAGGCCCAAUCCAAGCCUGUCGAGAAGGCCACUCCGGUGACUCCUGCCGCGCGCAGCUCGGGAGCAUCCCCGUCCCCGAAGCCCUCUGGCAAGACACCGACCACGCGCCGACGGGGUUGAGCGUGUUUUCCAUACUUCUUUCUCCAGGAACUAGUUAAUGCAAUAAUAAUUCCCGUUC